CCACAGCGCUAGGCUCACAAAGGUAAGCGCACACUGCAACCGUGCUCAGUGCUCUGGGCGCUUCAGGCUGUCUUGGUCCUGCUGCUCCAACUGCAAGGGCCCUCGGAGGCGCGCCUGAUUGCUCCAUCACUCACCAUGGCCAGCCAGUUCUGCCUCCCUCCAGCCCCACACCUCUCGCCCCUGAAGACUUUGACGUCACAUUUCGGAGACAUCCAAGUGGGCAUAUCCGUGGCGAUCCAGCGCAGUGACAAGCGAAUCCACCUCGCUGUAGUCACAGAGAUGAACAGAGAAAACUCUUGGGUCACGGUAGAGUGGGUAGAGAAAGGAGUCAAAAAAGGCAAGAAAAUUGAUCUUGAGACCAUAUUUCUGCUGAAUCCAGCUCUGAACUCUGCUGAACACCCCAUGCCGUCGAGAUCUUUGUCCCCCUUGUCUCCAAUUCCCUCUUCCGCCAUCGGAGAUCAGAGAACAGCCACUGGGUGGGUUGCAGUGACCUCCCACACAAACAAGUCACCCUCAGGGGACAGCCAGGCUGUGAGGGUCCCCAGCAAUCCUUGUCUGAUGAAGCAGAAAAAGUCUCCCUGCCUACGGGAAAUCGAGAAACUGCAGAAGCAACGGGAGAAGCGCAGGAGGCUGCAGCAGGAGAUCCAAGCGAGGCGCGCCCUCGAUGUCAACGCGGGAAACCCCAACUACGAAAUCAUGCGCAUGAUCGAAGAGUACCGCAGGCACCUGGACAGCAGUAAGGUGUCAAGCCUGGAGCCCCCGGAAGACCAUCGGAUCUGCGUCUGCGUGAGGAAGCGACCUCUCAACCAAAGAGAGACCACCAUGAAGGACCUGGAUAUCAUCACCAUUCCCUCGGACAAUGUGGUUAUGGUGCAUGAGUCUAAGCAAAAGGUGGAUCUCACCCGUUACCUGGAGAACCAGAUCUUCUGCUUCGACCAUGCCUUCGAUGACACGGCCUCCAAUGAAUUAGUGUACCAGUUCACAGCCCAGCCGCUGGUGGAGUCCAUCUUCCGCAAGGGCAUGGCCACCUGCUUUGCCUAUGGGCAGACAGGCAGCGGGAAAACGCACACCAUGGGAGGAGCCUUUUCCGGAAGGGCCCAAGAUUGCUCUAAAGGCAUUUACGCCCUGGUGGCACAGGAUGUCUUUCUCCUGCUCAGAAACUCCACUUACGAGAAGCUGGACCUCAAAGUCUAUGGGACAUUUUUUGAGAUUUAUGGGGGCAAAGUGUAUGAUUUGUUAAACUGGAAGAAGAAGCUGCAAGUCCUUGAGGAUGGCAAUCAGCAGAUCCAAGUGGUAGGGCUGCAGGAGCAAGAGGUGUGCUGUGUGGAGGAAGUACUGAAACUCGUCCAAAUAGGGAGUAGCUGUCGGACUUCCAGGCAGACAUCUGUCAACGCUCACUCAUCCAGGAGCCACGCGGUGUUUCAGAUCAUCCUGAAGUCAAGAGGGAAACUGCAUGGCAAAUUUUCCCUUGUUGAUUUAGCUGGGAAUGAAAGGGGAGCAGAUACUGCCAAGGUCAACCGGAAGAGGCAGCUGGAAGGGGCAGAAAUUAACAAAAGUCUUCUAGCCCUCAAAGAAUGUAUCCUGGCUUUAGGUCAGAACAAACCUCACACCCCAUUCAGAUCCAGCAAGCUCACGCAGGUGCUCCGGGACUCCUUUAUAGGCCAAAAUUCCUCCACUUGCAUGAUUGCUACUAUCUCUCCAGGGAUGACCUCUUGUGAAAACACCCUCAACACUUUAAGAUAUGCAAACAGAGUCAAAGAAUUAACUCUUGAUGUAAGGCCCUACCAUCGUUGCCUCUAUCAGAUUGGGCACGAGGCCCCAAAGAUGUUAGAAAACCAUAAUAGAAAUUCAGAAAUGUCCCUUCAAAGGGAUGAGUUUAUGAAAAUACCUUGUAUACAGAGUGAAGAGGAAACAGAGUUUGAAGAAGUUGAAACAUCCUUCAUUCCAUUAAUGAAGGAUACAACAACUUCAUGGAAGCAAUCUAUCCAAUGGUGCGAGAACAUCCAGCAGAUAGCUGAUGGAGUAAACGAUGAUAUUGAUUUUUGCAUUGCUCAUUCAUUGUCCAUUUUGGAGCAGAAAAUCGGUGUCCUGACUGAGAUCCAAAAGAAACUGAAAUUAUUACGAGCUGACCUCCAAAUGAAGAACAAGGCGGAGUGAAGCCAAAGGGAAAAGAUCUGGUCUGAAAUGAUGGAGGCAGUGCUGCAGCUUCUACCACUCCUAUACAUGAAAAUUGUCAAAUUAUCUAAAUAUAAACACCUUCCUGAAAGCUAACAACUUAAAAUAUUCUGAUCAGAAAUGUGC